GGGUCAGCUUCUAGCUGAAUUUAGUAAAUAUUACAAGGUCGUAGGUCCAACCCCUCGAACCAUCUCCUCCAAUGGGUGUUGAGAAGGAGACUCGGAUAGAGGAAAGAGGACGCGAAAAUAAGAAUAUUGAAUAUCUCCCAGUGUCAUUUCACUAGCUGGAUGAGCUACAGCGCUGAUCGCACAAAGCCUACAAAACAAACCCAACUUAACCGCCCAGCAGCCCCACGCUCAUUUAAAAAAGACAAGUAGACAAAACAUGGCGGCUCUCAAAAUGUUGUCAAGAGCGGAGAAUGUAUUCUUCAAAAAUCUAGCGGCCACCGGUAGACCCAAUUUUAACUUCACUCAUUCCAUGACCAAGCCCUGUGGCUGCUUCUUCUCCACCUCCAACCAAAGAAACUCCCAGUUCUACAGUGAUCCCACAGAAGCUGUGAAGGACAUCCCCAGUGGAGCCACCAUCUUAGUCGGAGGUUUUGGUUUGUGUGGCAUCCCAGAGAACCUUAUCAACAGUUUAUUAAAGACUGGUAUAAAGAGCCUCACAGCUGUCAGCAACAAUGCAGGGGUGGAUAAUUUUGGGCUGGGCCUGCUCCUACAGACCAAGCAGAUAAAGAGGAUGAUCUCCUCAUACGUGGGCGAGAACGCUGAGUUUGAGAGACAGUACCUUUCUGGGGAGCUGGAGGUGGAGCUAACGCCACAGGGCACCCUGGCAGAGAGGAUCAGAGCCGGAGGAGCAGGCGUACCCGCGUUCUUCACGGCUACAGGCUAUGGUACCCUGAUCCAGGAGGGCGGAUCCCCCAUCAAAUACAACAAAGAUGGAACCAUCGCGAUCGCCAGUGAAAAGAGAGAGGUGCGGGAGUUUAAUGGCCGGCACUACAUCAUGGAGAAGGCCAUCACUGGGGACUUUGCACUGGUCAAGGCCUGGAAGGCCGACAAGGCCGGAAACAUCGUCUUCAGGAAAACUGCCAGGAACUUUAAUCAGCCUAUGUGUAAGGCAGCCAAAGUCACCAUUGUAGAGGUGGAAGAGGUGGUGGAUGUUGGAACGUUUGCUGAAGAGGAUAUCCACAUUCCCAGUAUCUACGUCAACAGAAUCGUUAAAGGAGGCAGCUAUGAAAAAAGAAUAGAGAAACGCACAGUGCAGAAGGCCCAAGCAGAAAAGCCGAAACCAAAGAAAGAAGCAGACAUUGUACGUGAGAGGAUCAUUCGCCGGGCAGCAUUGGAGUUUGAGGAUGGGAUGUAUGCUAACCUGGGUAUCGGCAUCCCCAUGCUUGCCAGCAACUUCAUCCAGCCUCACAUCACUGUCCACCUGCAGAGUGAGAAUGGGAUUCUGGGAUUGGGCCCUUACCCCACAGAAGAUGAAGUGGAUGCUGACCUCAUCAACGCUGGUAAAGAAACAGUGACUGUGCUUCCUGGGGCUUCAUACUUCUCAAGUGAUGAAUCGUUUGCCAUGAUCAGAGGCGGUCACGUCAACCUGACGAUGCUGGGAGCCAUGCAGGUGUCGAAGACGGGAGACCUGGCCAACUGGAUGAUCCCGGGCAAAAUGGUGAAAGGAAUGGGCGGAGCCAUGGACUUGGUGGCCAGCGCUGGAACCAAGGUGGUCGUCACCAUGGAGCACUCAGCUAAGGGAGGAAAACACAAGAUACUGGAGACGUGUAACCUGCCACUGACAGGAAAGCAGUGUGUGGAUCGGAUCAUCACCGAAAAGGCUGUUUUUGAUGUGGACAAGAAUAAAGGUCUCACUCUGAUUGAGGUAUGGGAAGGACUGACCCCAGAGGACAUUAAGGAAUGCACAGGAGCACCGUUUCAGGUGUCACCAAAUCUAAGGUCGAUGCAGCAGGUUUAAAGCUGGGUUAUGACUGGAAGUCUUUUUAAAUCUUUCUGUAUGGGCAAAGCAAGCAAUAAAAAAAUAUGAAUUGUUGAACAAAGGCCACAUUAAUGUUACUGAACUGAACAUUACUGCAACGUUGAUGCCUGUAAUACGAGAGACCCAAAAGAGAUGCUCAGUUUGGGUAAUGAAGGGUAUUGAAAAGGACUAAUGCCAUAACUGAGGAACUGUUGAUUAUGUGUUCAUGUAGUUGUGAGGAAAUAUUUUGAUGAGACAAAAUAUUUAUAGACAAUAUAGACAAUGAUAGACUGUGGUUAAUUCCAGAAAGCUACCUUCUCCAUUCUGCACUGGUUCACUCUGCUCCUUGGACGUCCGUUGGCGAGGUUCUUGGGUAGGUGGCCACUUGCUGGUGUGAAUCGCGACGCUGGGCAUCUCUGAAUACUAGUGUGGUUUUGAUUUGCGCUUGAGCCUGUAGAUUUUGGUGAUUGAGUGGACCCUGUGAAUAAUCUAACCGACAUUUGUGCUACUUGAACAUGUGGCCUUCUAUUUCCUACCCAGACUUUUCAGUUCCCUGCAUUUGUACAUAAAAUUAAACUGUAACAUUGCCAAAAGAAAUCUGUUGGUCUCC